AUGCCUACGCUAUCCGGCCCCCGAGUGAUAGGCCUGUACGGAAUCCCCGGCUGCGGAAAGUCCUUCCUCCUGAACAAACUGAAGAAAGAUCUCAAAGAAUCGGAGUUCGAAUACUUUGAAGGCUCGGAAGAGAUUGAAUCUGUUACCCCCGGCGGGCUCGAUGCAUUCAAGAAGCUAGGAACCGUGCAGCAGACGCACUUCCGCCAGCUCGCCAUUGACAGCAUCAAAUCGAAAUGCACAAAGAGCGGGAAAGUUGGAGUUGUUACCGGGCAUUUCAUAUUUUGGUCCAACGAAAAUCAAGCGGCGUUGAGAGUGUGUACUGACAACGACUUGAGUACAUACACGCACAUAAUUUAUGUCAAUACUCCUGUGGAAGAAACGGCGAAGCAGCGACUGCAGGAUCGCGAGAGAAGUCGUUCAAAUUUGUCAAUUGAGCAUCUACGUCGCUGGCAGGAUACGGAGGUUGAAGAGCUCCGUGAGCUUUGUCGUCAACGUGGUAUUCUGUUCACGACCGUUUACCCAAAUAUCGAUGAUAAGCUAUCCAAGUUACUACUUGAUUUCCAGGCUCAUGGGGAAGAGUACAACAACUCAAUCGCCAAGCAGCAUUUGGAAUAUGCACUCUCAACUCACUACGAUGAGCUCCAGACUGUUCUUUUCUUGGACGGUGACAAGACGUUGACGGCACAGGACACGGGCGAGGUAUUCUGGGAGAAACUCUCACCCUCAAAAGUUAGUCCGUUGAGCACGCUAUUCAGCAGCCAGCUAGGGUACUCCUAUAUCGCGUUCAGGCAAGCGAUGUUGCUGUACGAAGAGUCGACCAACGAUGCCGAGUUUGAUGCUAUCUGCACAGAGGUAUCCCUACAAACGCCCCUUUAUUCUCAAAUGUUUUCACUUCUGCACCGGUUGGGAAGUCACAACCAUAUCCGCCUGGUCAUCGUGACAUGUGGACUGCGACGAGUUUGGGAAAAGAUAAUUGAAAGAGAAGGUCUGCCCGAGACGGUGAAGAUCAUGGGUGGUGGACGGCUUGCCGACGGGUUUGUCGUGACCCCUUCUGUGAAAGCGUACUUGGUUUCUUGUACCAAGAAAAUUCAUGCGGCCUAUACAUGGGCAUUUGGGGAUAGUCCAUUGGACCUGCCAAUGCUCGCUGCUGCUGACCAAGCGAUUGUUGUGGUUGGCGAGCAGCGAAGCCGAAGCAAAAGUAUGGAUAUCCGGCUAUUGUUUAGAGUUUGCCAUGAUCAACAGGAUGACAAUUCUGUUCAGAUAGAUGGCCAGACACAAUCAGAUCCAAAGAAGGCACGAGUAGCCGUCUCUUAG